GGACGGCACGGGACGGGACGGGACGGGACGGGACGGGACGGGACGGGACGGGCUCCGCUCUGCACCGCCGCCAUGCAGAUGACCUUCUUCUUCUCAGACAGGGUGGUGCUGCUGUUUGACUUCUGGAGCGUGCACACCCCCACAGGGCUGGCGCUCUCCGUGCUGGUGGUCGCGCUGCUGUCGGUGCUGUACGAGGUGGUCAAGAUGGGCAAGGCCAGGGUGCUGCAGCGGGCGCUGCUGGCCGUGCCCCCCAGCCUCAGCCGCGAGGCGCUGCUGGAGCCCGACGAGGGGGACGGCGGCCGCGGGGCCACGCAGGGCAGGUGGUUCCAGUUCCAUGUGGCCCAGACGCUGCUGCACGUGGUGCAGGUGGUGCUGGGCUACAUGCUGAUGCUGGCCGUCAUGUCCUACAAUGCCUGGGUCUUCCUCGGCGUGCUCGCGGGCUCCACCGUCGGCUACUUCGUGGUGUACCCGCUGCUCAGGGUGGGCUAGGCGUGGGGACCCCCCCCCACCCCGGGACACCGCGGGGUGCUGGGGUGUCACCGCUGUCACACAGCCACCGUCACGUCUGCUGGCUGCGUCCCUGUCCCCAAGCUGUGC